AUGAUGUUGGAUGAGGAGCACAAGCGUUUCAAGACGCCAGACGAGGACGAGAAUCUCUACCACUUUGGCAGUAUCAACGGACACAAUGUCGUGAUUGCCAACCCUCCAGCGGCCGGUAACUCAUGGACGGCUGUUACUGCUAAGGAUAUGAAGAGAACGUUCACAAACCUCAAAUAUGCCUUGUUGGUAGGGAUCGCAGGUGGUAUGCCAGUAGCUACUGCCUCUGGCGCGAUUCGGCUGGGUCAUGUGGUUGUUGGUAUACCGACAGGCACACAACCUGGAGCCAUACGUUACGAUCAUGGAAAGUCAAAACCUGACGGCGGUUUUGUCCUCACUGGAUGCCUAGCACCUCCCCCGACGACUCUCCUCCAAGCGGUUAAAGCCUUGGCGGCGCAACCUCGAACAGCGACGGAUCCAGUAUGGGAGUCCGUCCAGAAUAUCAUAGAUCAGGACGAAACCGGACAAUUCAGAUUCCCUGGCCGCGAAGUUGAUCAUCUAUACCAUCCAGAUUAUAUUCAUCAGCGAGAAAAACGGCUAUGUUAUGGUGAGACCGGUGCAUGCGAUCCGAAGCAGAUAAUCGAGCGACCGAUGGUCGAAGAUGUUUCGUCCGUUGUCGUACAUACGGGUACAAUAGGCACUGGGGACACAGUAAUGAGGAACGCCAAACAGAGAGAUGACAUAGCGCAGAAGUACGGCGUGCUGUGCAUAGAGAUGGAAGCCGAAGGGCUUGCCAAAGCUAUCCCAUGCCUAGUUAUUCGUGGUAUCUCUGAUUAUUGUGAUUCUCAUAAGAAUGACGUGUGGCAUGGGUACGCAGCAGCGUGUGCGGCAGCUUACGCCCGGCAGUUGUUCUUCGUCUUGCCCAAUCAUGAGGCUGAGCGACGUGAACACAGGGACUCUGGAUCACGCAGUCCGUUGCGAGAUCAAAGUGACCCGAGAAUAAGUCCCUAUGUUCUUCUUACUUUCGUGUCCAUGCUUGAUACCGGUCUGCGUUUGUGUAGCCUGGGGAAUCAAAUCCCUGCAGGCUUGACACAAGGCGAGGGUGAACAGAAAGUGAAAGAUUGUCUUGAGUCAUGGAAUAGGUCGAGAGACGUAUUGCAUCAUGCAUGGUUGUCAUCUCUGAAGAGUAGGGGAGAGGAGAGUUUGCAUGCAGUAUUGCAGGCCGCCGUGGACGAUAUUCAAAUGACGUCUAUGACCCUGAACGAAGAAUUUGGAAAGCUUUAUGACAGAGGGAAACCUGGCCAGAAGGAUAUAUUCAAAAAGCUCGAGGGGCAACUCAGGAGGUAUCAAUGUCAACUGACCCCUUUAAUAACUCAAUCCAUGUUCCCCAACCAUCAUCUUCUCAAUGAGCGUAUGAAGGAUGGCUUUGAGCAGGCAUCGACGAAUGUGGCCAGAGCGGUGUCUUCACGGCUAGACCAUGACUCCACUACUAAGGGAGCCAAAGAUGAAGACGAAAAGGCUACAUCCUUUGGUCGAUGUGUUUUCGACUAUGACAAGAUGGUUGUCGAAAGCCUGAAUUUUGACAUCUUACAUCAUCGAGAAGACGACAUUUCAAACUCUCAGCCCCAGACUCUGACAUGGCUAUUGGGGGAUCCGUCGGGAGAAGCUACACCUGAUAACAACGUCCGGUUAUUCCUGCGGAGGGAUCUAGGCCCAAAUGAAGUUGCUGCAAAACCACCCAAGUCCAUCUUUUAUAUCAACGGAAAAGCCGGUUCAGGCAAGUCGACUUCAAUGAAGGCAUUGUGCACAAACGACAAAGUUGAGGAAGAUAUCAAGACGUGGGCAGGUAAUAGCCAUGUACUGGUGUCGCGGUUCUACUUUUGGUACAGGGGAACCGACCUACAAAAGUCGCAGCGAGGCAUGCUUCGAGCUCUCCUGUAUCAAUGUCUGAGCAAGCAGCGGUUCUUGAUACCAUUGACGAUACCCCAAGAUGCCGAAUUAGAUACACCGACAAAAGCCCGCCAAUAUUGGUCGUUGAACAACCUCAAAAGAGCCUUUAAUCAGAUGCUUACACAUGACGGCGUGGGGAUGAAUCUAAAAUUUUGUUUCUUCAUCGACGGUCUCGAUGAGUAUGCCGCAGAUGCGGAUACGGAUUACUCGAAUGGUCUGCAUGCUAGUAUUGGGGAUUUGUUGAUGGAGAUAGCACGUCACCCGCACGUCAAAAUAUGUGUGUCAAGUCGACCGGAGCCGCCAUUCGAGACUAUCUUUAAGGGUUGCCCUGGUUUUAAGCUUCAGGACAAGACGACUGACGACAUCCGCGAAUACGUACAGAACCAGCUAGGAACCGUCAAAACGCUGCAUGAGUCGCAACUGAAGAAGAUCGAGGAAUCUCUCAUCAAGAAUGCAGAGGGUGUAUUUCUAUGGGUGGCACUGGCCACAAAAUCGCUCCUCGAGGGCAUUAACGAACAUGCGUCGCCUGACAGGUGGAUGGAGAUCCUGAACGAGCUCCCGAGAGGGCUUGAAAAUUUCUACAUGCACAUGCUGACCAAAGCAGAUGAAGGCAACCAGGGAGAAGGACUUGGGUAUCUUCUGCUGGUGAAAGCCGCCAACGGAAAUAUACCACUUCAACGGCUGGCAUAUGUCGCGGCAUGUGACGCAAGGUCAAAGGGUCCCCUUGAAACUUUAGUUAAAGAGAAGGCCCAACUAAAAGACGCCAUGAAGACGAGGAUCCAGGUAUGCUGCAAGGGCUUGUUGGAAAUAGGAGACGGGGAAGAUGUCACCUUUCUACACAAGAGUGUUCCCGAUUUUCUCGAGUCGUCAAAGCUGGCCGAGAAGCGGGCCGCCAGGGAAGUCAACUGGGUGGCAGAACAUCAACUUUUGGACGGCUAUGUGUUCAUGCUGACAAAGUUGUGGCCGAAUAAACCUGAUCACUCAUGUUGGGAGAAAACUCCUACUUCCAUGUUGCAAAGUGAUUGGGUUGAACGAGUGAAGCCGAUCUUGCACGCCUAUAUGAGGACGGCACAGAGAGCCUUACAACUGGGCAAGCCAGUGCCCAACUCAGAGAUCGCGAAGAUGUACAAGGCGGCUGACGAUCUCUGGAUACACGAAUAG